GAGCGCACGGACUGAAUGGCACUCCGUGAGAGCACCCCUCGUGCGGACAGAAAACGCGUGCGUUCGGUUAGUCACUCAAACUGUGACAUAGCGCAAUUUCCCCCACGGAGUCCACCACACCUGCGCGCAUCCAGGAUACAGCACACAGCUGCAAACAUUAUGAGCGAAAGAAAAGAUUGUCGAAAGGUGAAGCAGAGAAAACGAACACAUUCAGUCACUGGAUAUAACUUGGUAUUUGUGGAUGAUUAUUUUUCUUUGUCUCUUUCCACAAGGAUAGUUAGAGCGCAAUGUAUUUUGAGUUAAAUCGAUGGAUUUUCUUUAAUCAAAGCGGGGCACUGACAUCGCCAAGUCCUGCAGCCUAAAUUCAGCCGUUACAACUCUUUGGCACGAGCGCCAGGUUCACUCCGGAAUUACCGCCACAGUGAAGAGCUCGUUUUAACCAUUUGAAACUAGUCACUUCGGUUGUCAGCCUCUGCUUUCAUCCUACUAACUCACUUUCCACCCUCUCCCUCCUCCCCCCCCCCCCGAUUCCAGCCAACUCUAUGCUGAUAUCUCGCUAUCCAGAUAACUCAGUGAACGUGGAGAGGACGCUGCCCCUGUGGACAGGUCACAGCUCGCAGUCUCAGUACCGUUCCCUCACCGGGCUGGGCGUCACCCGCCAUCCUCCCAGCUACUACCAUGCGGUGUACGACGUCCGGGUGGAGAGACGCCACGAUGCCCCCUUCCCCUCGGGCGGGGGCGGGGGCGGGGCUGGGGCCAGCCCCCCGGAGACGGGAGCGAUGGGCGGGACGUUGUACUCGGAAGUGACCGGCGGCGCCCUGGCGGCCCCCCUGUGCAGGCGGCGCGGGGGGCUGUUGGACCACCGCGACAUGAUCAAGGCCCACGAGUGGCACAAGCUUCACAGCACCCCGAAGGCUCGGCGCAAAGAGUGGGAGAAUUGGGACACACUUACGCUGAGUACGAGGAAGAAGAGGGCAGCGGACCAGAAGGCCGAGGGGAGGCACUGCUGGGGUGGAGGAGGCCGCGGACAGGAAGGGACGCCGUCACACUCUUGGUUUCAGUGGAGCAUCGCGGAAAUGAUCAGCUUUCCUUGGCCUUCUCUCCGGUUUUGGGAGCCAAUGGCAUCCAGCUAAGCCAUGAGUGUACACUGCCCUCUGGUGGAGAUGAUGGCAACUGCAACAUAAGCAAUUUGCCUUCUGGACAGGCAGCGCGGGAGGGUGAACUGCCUCUGAUGUCGAUACUGCCGUGUGAGCUGGCCCUGACGGAUGCGAAGUGAAGAGGGUUUUAAAGAAGUCCCGCCUUCUCUGUUCUGUUUUCAGUAUUGAACAGGCCAGCAGUGUAGUUUUUACUAGCACUGUUGUUUUCCAUGGCAUGGCAUUCCUUAUUCACUGCAUGCAGUCUCAUAAAAAAACAUUUAAUUAACUAUAGAGGUAUGAAUACUGUAAUGAGUCCAUGUCCAUACAGGUAUCAGGGCAGGCCUGAUGUUCCAUUCAUUAAAGUCCUGUACUGGUUGAUUUUUUUGUGCCUGACCCUGCCUCAUUCGGGUUGGAUGCAAUGUCUGCAUGGUUUCUCCUUUGAGAUUCAGUCUUGGAAAUGAAUAAUGUGGGUUCGGGCUAGUACGGGUCCAAAAAACUUCUACCCAUGCAGGACCUGGUGCUGGCCUUCUCUAGAAUCCGUGGUUCUCGUACUUGGUCCUGUGGGAUCCAGGGGGCCAGGAUUUCUCUCCUAGCGGAAGUAACGAUUUUUGGGCUCGUCAGCACAAAUAAUGACAUCAUAAACCUGGAACCUCAAAGGACUGCUGUAAUGUUUGAAGAAGAAGCUCCCUAAAAAUCCUGAAGCUCUGACGGAGGUUUGUCGUAUGGAAAGUUAGAAAAUGUAAUCCACACUACAUAUUAUAGCACGUUAUUUAGAGAAUAUAUGGAAUAAUUUUAUACAUCAAAAUGUGUAGCAAAUUGUUGUGAUUUUGUGUUCUAACCUCGAUGCUGUACUCUAACUAAUUCUACAGCGCAGCUACUACAAGGACUACAUCUUUUGUAUCAGAACCACUGUGUUAGGGGGACUAAUGUCUUUGUUUUCAACAUAUUCUGUAUGCUAGGAUUCCCAGUUUCACUUAAACUGCUAAUUGUCUUUGUGUCACAGGCUGUGAUCACUGACUAAAGCUUGCUGCACACCUGUCGGCAAUUGCAAUUAACAUUGGAUAAACGCAGAUGCGUGAGAACAGGAUGAGGCUCUUCUAAGAAAUU